UCGACCGGGCAGCGUCCGCCGGCGGCUCGGGGCGGGAGCGGCGGGCGGCCGCGGGACGGCGGGCAGCGCCCUUCGGCGGCACAGGAGAAAAUGGCCAAUAUGGAGGUCAAGACAUCACUGUUGGAUGACAUGAUAGGUGUGGGAGAUAUGGUUCUUUUAGAGCCACUUGAUGAAGAUUCAUUCAUCAAUAAUCUGAAAAAACGCUUUGAUCACAAUGAAGUAUAUACAUACAUUGGCAGUGUGGUGAUAUCAAUAAACCCAUAUAGAUCUCUACCCAUUUAUACUCCAGAGAAAGUGGAAGAAUACAGAAACCGAAACUUUUAUGAACUCAGUCCUCACAUCUUUGCUCUGUCAGAUGAAGCAUACAGAUCUCUAAGGGACCAGGACAAAGACCAGUGUAUCCUUAUUACAGGAGAGAGUGGAGCUGGAAAAACAGAGGCAAGCAAACUUGUCAUGUCAUAUGUAGCUGCUGUGUGUGGAAAAGGGGCAGAGGUUAAUCAAGUAAAAGAACAGCUUUUGCAGUCAAAUCCAGUUCUUGAAGCUUUUGGAAAUGCAAAAACUGUGAGGAAUGACAACUCUUCUAGAUUUGGAAAAUACAUGGAUAUUGAGUUUGAUUUCAAGGGUGACCCACUUGGAGGAGUUAUAAGCAACUAUCUACUAGAGAAGUCUCGUGUUGUUAAGCAGCCAAGAGGUGAAAGAAACUUUCACAUUUUCUACCAAAUACUGUCUGGUGCAUCAGAAGACUUCCUCUGCAAACUUAAACUGGAGAGAGACUUCAGCAGAUACAACUACCUGGGCCUUGAUUCUGCCAAAGUGAAUGGAGUGGAUGAUGCUGCAAACUUCCGAACAGUUAGAAAUGCGAUGCAGAUUGUUGGUUUUAUGGAUCAUGAAACACAGUCUGUUUUUGAAGUGGUUGCAGCCGUUCUGAAGUUGGGAAAUAUUGAAUUUAAGCCUGAAUCUCGUGUAAAUGGCCUAGAUGAAAGUAAAAUCAAAGAUAAAAAUGAACUGAAGGAAAUCUGCGAGUUGACAGGUAUAGACCAAUCUGUACUGGAAAGAGCUUUCAGCUUCCGGACAGUUGAAGCCAAGCAAGAGAAAGUUUCAACAACACUAAAUGUUGCUCAGGCUUAUUACGCCCGUGAUGCUCUGGCUAAGAAUUUAUACAGUCGUCUGUUUUCUUGGCUUGUUACCAGAAUCAAUGAGAGCAUUAAGGCACAAACAAAAGUGAGAAAGAAGGUAAUGGGGGUUCUGGACAUCUAUGGCUUUGAAAUUUUUGAGGACAACAGCUUUGAGCAAUUCAUUAUCAACUACUGUAAUGAGAAGUUGCAGCAGAUCUUCAUUGAACUUACUCUGAAAGAAGAACAGGAGGAAUACAUCCGAGAGGGGAUUGAAUGGACCCAUAUUGAGUAUUUCAACAAUGCUAUAAUUUGUGACCUGAUAGAAAAUAACCAAACUGGAAUCCUGGCCAUGCUAGAUGAAGAAUGCCUGAGACCGGGAACUGUUACCGAUGACACCUUUUUAGAAAAACUGAACCAAGUCUGUGCUACUCACCAGCAUUUUGAGAGCAGGAUGAGCAAGUGCUCCCGGUUCCUCAAUGACACUUCCUUGCCUCACAGCUGCUUCAGGAUUCAACAUUAUGCUGGCAAGGUUAUGUACCAGGUGGAAGGAUUUGUUGACAAAAAUAAUGAUCUUCUGUACCGUGACCUCUCCCAAGCCAUGUGGAAGGCCAGUCAUUCUCUUAUCAAAGCGUUGUUCCCAGAAGGUAACCCUGCUAAGAUCAAUCUAAAAAGACCACCAACAGCAGGUUCACAGUUCAAGGCUUCAGUUGCUACCCUUAUGAAAAAUCUUCAGACAAAAAAUCCGAACUAUAUCAGAUGCAUCAAACCCAAUGACAAAAAGGCUGCACACAUUUUCAAUGAUGCCUUGGUAUGCCAUCAGAUCCGCUACCUUGGUCUUCUAGAGAAUGUCCGGGUCAGAAGGGCAGGUUAUGCCUUCAGGCAGGCGUACGAGCCUUGCCUGGAAAGGUACAAAAUGCUGUGUAAGCAGACAUGGCCCCACUGGAGAGGCCCAGCCAGGGCUGGAGUAGAGGUACUGUUUAAUGAAUUGGAAAUCCCUGAAGAAGAAUUUUCAUUUGGGAGAUCAAAGAUAUUUAUCCGCAACCCAAGAACGCUCUUCAAACUAGAAGAUCUGAGAAAGCAGAGGUUGGAGGACUUGGCUACUCUAAUUGAGAAGAUUUAUAGAGGUUGGAAGUGCCGCACAUGCUUCUUGUUGAUGAAAAAAAGCCAGAUUGUGAUUGCUUCCUGGUACAGGAGAUAUGCACAACAAAAAAAGUAUCAGAAGAUAAAGAGUUCGGCUAUUAUAGUACAGUCUUACAUCAGAGGAUGGAAGGCUCGGAAACUUCUUCGGGAACUUAAGCAUCAGAAGCGCUGUAAUGAGGCAGCCACAAUAAUUGCUGCGUAUUGGCAUGGUACCCAGGCCCGAAGGGAACUGAGACGACUGAAGGAGGAGGCUAGAAAUAAACAUGCUAUUGCUGUUAUUUGGGCUUUCUGGCUUGGAUAUAAGGCUCGAAGGGAAUUGAAACGCUUGAAGGAGGAGGCUAGGCGUAAGCAUGCUGUUGCAGUCAUUUGGGCUUACUGGCUUGGACUGAAGGUCCGUAGAGAGUACAGGAAAUUCUUCAGAGCCAAUGCUGGAAGAAAAAUUUAUGAAUUUACCAUUCAGAGACUUAUGCAAAAAUACUUCCUGGAAAUGAAGAAUAAGAUGCCUUCUUUAUCACCAAUAGAUAAAAACUGGCCAGCAAGACCUUACCUUUUCUUGGAUUCAACUCACAAGGAACUAAAGAGGAUUUUCCAUUUGUGGAGGUGUAAAAAAUACAGAGACCAGUUCACAGAUCAGCAGAAGCUUAUAUAUGAGGAAAAACUUGAAGCAAGCGAACUCUUCAAGGACAAGAAGGCUUUAUAUCCAGCCAGUGUUGGGCAGCCGUUCCAAGGGGCUUACUUGGAAAUCAGCAAGAACCCUAAGUAUAAAAAGCUGAAAGAUGCUGUGGAUGAAAAGAUCAUAAUUGCGGAAGUUGUGAAUAAGAUCAAUAGAGCUAAUGGGAAGGCGACAUCCAGGAUUUUCUUGUUAACCAAAAAUAAUGUUCUUCUUGCGGAUCAAAAAUCUGGGAACAUCAAGUCAGAGGUUCCACUGGGAGAUGUUACCAAAGUGUCCAUGAGCUCCCAAAAUGAUGGCUUCUUUGCGGUGCACCUCAAGGAGGGUUCCGGAGCAGCUGGUAAAGGAGAUUUCCUGCUCAGCAGUGAUCACCUUAUUGAAAUGGCCACUAAACUUUACCGCACUACUCUCAGCCAGACCAAACAGAAGCUCAACAUUGAGAUAUCUGAUGAGUUUCUGGUGCAGUUCAGACAAGACAAAGUGUGUGUGAAGUUCAUCCAAGGCAGCCAGAAAAAUGGGAACAUCCCAACUUGCAAGCGAAAAAACAAUCGGCUUCUUGAAGUGGCUGUCCCUUAACUGCAGCUGGUGGCUCUCACUUUAUGGACUUGUUUCUUUGUAAUGGUGCAAUUUUAUGUGUUUGGUUUUGAUGGUUCUGUUAUUUUAUGGAGCUGUUGAUGACUAAUAGCUUUAGAAACCCCUGGCAAAGAUUCAAUCAAUUGACUUCUUAAUCUUUCUAUUCAUGCCAGAGCUUUAAUCCUCAAACUGUAGAAUUUUACCCAGUGAGGCAUUUUUACUUGCUGGCACAUAUCUGUCUUACACAGGUCAUUCAUAGAAUCAUAGAAUCAUAAAAGGGUUGGGAUUGGAAGGGACCUUUAGAGAUCUAGUCCAACCCUUCUGCAGAAGCAGGUCCUUAGUGCAUCAUACCUUAAGCCUACAUAUUAAUGAUCAAUUACUCGUAUUCCUUAGUCUAGAGAUCUGCUUAACAGGAACAGUAUGUGGCCUUGAUGCUUGGUGGCCCGCUCAUGCCCAGUGUCUUUUUAUAACCCCUUGUUCUGACAGGAUCUUGACUUGCCCUGCUGGAGAGACUGGCAGAAAAGAGACUGACAGGCUGACUCCUCUAGUUGACACUAGAAACUAUGUAUGUGUAUCUUCUAGUCAAUACAGCACAGAAACAUCUAAUUCUGAAAAACACGAAGAAUAUAGGAUUACACAAGCAUAAUAUGCAUAAUUCUAUAGUAAAAAUGCAGAAAUUUUGAAGCAAGGCUUUUAAUUGGGUCAGAUUUUUUUAAUGACUUUAUACAGCAGGAAUCAGUCAUAUUAAAAUAGCUUGUCUCUUUCACAAAAGCUAUACAGUUCAAGGCGCAUUCUCUGUUCUGCAUUUUUUCUUUUAAGUUACCAGUUAAGAUUAGAGCCUGAAAAAUGCAACAGUAUUCAUAACACAAGUAAAUGCUAGGUAUUUAAACAGUUAGCUAUCAAGUGAAAGAUCUGAGCCUUUCUUUUAGAUAUUGGCAUGUACAAUGUGCAAUAAAACAUACGUGACAUUUUGUGAAAAAAAUAUUUAUACCUUUCUGUGUGCAAGAGAGAGGAUUGAUGCAGACUGCAUAGACAAUGUAGGGAUUAACAUGGAUUUGUGUUGUUAAUUUGCAGUUUUUUAGAGUGUACACUACAGUUGUCAAUUUGGAAAGAAUACUUAGAGAGUCCUUACUUAAUUUGGGGGUCUGUAUAUAAAUUGAUCUUUUGGUAAUAAACUGUUCUAAUUCUGUGCUGUUUGGUACUCCCGUGUUAUAACCAUAUUUUUGUACUCCAAACUAUUUUAUAUAACUUGUGUGCCUGAUGUAAAUGUGUGCACAGAAAAUACAAUCAAAAGUUGCAUUAUAAACUUGAGUGCACUUAAACUCUUAUAAGACAGAAGCAUUAUUUGGAAUCCUUAUGAGGAGAAAUGCAUUUUUAGAUAGAGGUAACUACUCAAGUGAAGGGUUUGUUGGAUGUGACUGUUUGAUUUGUUGAUGCAAGGAGAGCUGAGAAAGCAUUGUAUUUUUGCAGGCUGAUAGAGGACAGAUUAAGACCCUGGGAGUGUCUGAUGUGCAGUGCUGGAAGUCCAAUCAUAAAUAAAGGAAAGAUAAAGAAAAGCUCAGAGACUUGUUACUCUCCUGAUGGUAAAGUGCUGUAGUGCUCAUGGCUGCAAAGGCUCCUCUGAGUAGUUCAGCAUUGACAUUGGUUCUCUGUGGCUGGAGGAAUGCUAUUUACUGCAAGAGAUGUUCUGGUGCUGGUGGUUAUCAUUCUGAAAAAAACAGCUCAUUGGGGUUAUAUUGCAUCUUGCUUUUGGAUUAAAGUCAAUGCUCCUGCUGUGGUUUGGAUACAAAGCCCUUGUUUGACGGGUUGCUUUAAUAUUGCUGUUAAUUGUCCCUGUGCAUGACCUUGCAAGGUGGGAAUAAUCAAAAUAUUAUUUCCCAAACUAUGACAAAAAGUUCUUCUUUAUGAUCUUAGUUUGGACCUUUUUUAAUAAUUGAGUUUGGUUUAUAGCUUAAAAAGUUUAAAUAAUUUUACAUGUGUUGUAAUUGGAGAUACUUAUGAAGGAAGUCUUAGCAUUCAUUUGUAAUGCAAAACUAGGAUACUUCAAAGGAAUUAAUCUGUUGCCUUAAGAAGACAGCACAUAAUAACAGCAUUUAAGACUCCUAAAUCCUGUACUAGAGUUCCUGCUUGGUAAAGAUUGGAGGGUUGGUAAAACUAUCCACCAUCUGGUAAACCUUACAGUAAGAACCACAAGGAGUAUAUUUCAAGUCUGAUGGAAUCCUGUAGUUGCUUGCAGGUAGGAAAUGGGAGAAUGUAGAUUAAGUACAACUGAAUGUUUGGCCUGUGAAAUGAGGUUAUUGCAGGAUAACGUUAAGGUAUUUGAUCCACUCUAGACAGACCCAGUGCACAUCUUUUUUUUUUGGUCUUUGCAGCAGGUCAUGAUAGCCAUACCUGUAAAAGACUGGAAGAAGGACAAAUUCCUGACUUUAAUUUUUGUUGUUUCACUUCUUUUUCUAGUCCUUUACAAUUUUUACUUUGUCCUAGUUACCAUUUGACACUUAAAUAUUUCUCAGUGUACAGAGCAAGUUUUGCUGAACAUGACUUGUUUAGAUACGCCAGGAUAAUCAUGGUAUCUUGAUGUUUAGAUUUAAGUAUCUAGGAUGUUGAAAAUAAAAAUGUGAGGUCACCCAAGGUUUGGUGGUUUUUUUCCCUCAGUUUUCUGAGGGGAAAAAAGUUGUAAAGACAAGACUAUUCCUUCUGUGGUGCUAACCUUACACAUACUUGUAAUUUUUAAUCUGUCAUCUGAAAACUGGGCAAGGAUCAUUUUGAAAAAUUACAUGUGUUGCAUAAUACUUUCCAGAAUCAAAUAAAAUUCUUUUCCUAGA